UGUAGAGAAUCCCGCGACUUCUCCCUCGCAAGCGAACGAUCACCACGACGGGCAAAAAUCCUCCGGCCGGGACGAACGGGGUUGGAGCGCGAGAUCGGCGCCACUCGGGCAACACGGCUGAACGCAGGCUCACGCCGGCGAGGGGUUGUUACGGCGGCGCUCGGCGCCGCGGCUUCAGUCAGCCCUGCGCCGUACGGGCGAGACGACGAGGGAAGGAAGCGCGCUACCGCUUCUCGUCGUCGCGCGACGCGACGCGACGUGACGACGAGCGCCCGUCCGCGCGAGAGCUUUAGUCCGCGUUCGUACGUCGACUGAAACGCGACCGAGCCGCGUCCGUGUCAAGUGUGCGCGGCUACCUUUUCUCUCUCUCAUACUUGGCCCUCCCCUCGGCGCGCGAUACCCUUCGAGAGAGCCACGACACGGUCCUCCUCCUGCUAUCCUGCGAGGCGGAAGGAUCGACCUGGCUACGGAUCGAAUACAAUAGAGUCCUCGGGGUUCUUCUCCUCCUCUGUCGCGCGCGCGUCCUCGUCCUCGUUUCUGCCGGCUGUCGUAUCAGCUCGCUCCGCUCCUACUCUCGUCGUGCCAGUCACUCUCGACAUCCCUCCGCGAGAUCCCAUUCUGCGAGAGAUGCCUCGCGAUCCUCUUUGAGAGACAGAGGCAGGCGAGAGGAUGUCUCGGGCGCGUGGCGGCAGGAUUAAGACUGGCGGAAAUUCGAGAUGUAAUAUCCGGCAGCUCUAGUUGCACCUACGGUGUGUGCGCGCCGGUUGGCUUCCUACCUUCGAGAGUUGGAGCAGGCUACGACGGUACAUCGAGGUCGACACGCUUUCGGGGGGGAGAGAGAGAGAGAGAGAGAGAGAGGGAGAGGAGAGAGAAAGAAAGAGAGCAGGACGACUUCGAGAUCUCGCCUCGCCAGGAUUUUGGAUUCGAUCGGGAUCGGAGAUCCGUCGAACGGAGAUCUCUCCGGGAGGGGGUAGCCCGGCGUGCCAAAAGCACCGUCAGAUAGUAGUACAAGGACCUUUGCCAAAUUCGCGCCGCGUGACAAGCGUCCUCAUCGCCACAGAGUCGUCUGCCUGGUGAAAGUCUCGGAUAUGCGCUGAGGAAACGGCGAUAAUCUUGCGACGACGAGAAAGAGAGGAAGAGAGGAAGAGACACGAGACCCAACGAGACCUCAUCACGGCCCGACGGUCUCGGCGAGCCCAAGCAGCGCGUGUCGCACGCGAGGGUGGCCGUCGACGGUGGCCAGGAGUCGGCGAUAGACAUCAUGAGGAGACUCCUCUCCAACGGGAGGAAGUGAUCGUCGACGACGGGACGAAGCGAAGGGAGGUUCGACGCGGCUGUGGCGAAUCGGGCCGGCGGGCCCGAUCGGUGUGAUGGUCUCAGGGUGGUGCCCGUGCGUGCCACUGGGGCGUCGGCAGUCGCCGGCCCAGCAACAACAGCAACAGCAGCAACAGCAACAGCAGCAGCAGCAGCAACCGCCGUCGUCGUCCAGGAACUCGGCGCCGUUCACCGUGAGCGCCGCGACCGACCGCGCGGAGAUGGUGCAGAUGUUCUACUACGAGAACCGCGGCAAGUGUUGCAAGAAGCUGCUCAGAUACAACGGAUACCCGAACAAGGUUCUUCUGUUUCCCGAGGAGGGCUGGGCGAGAAGCGCGAGUAGUUCCUACUGGACCCUGACGCCGUUUUGGUGGAGUCGGAGUCGGUGCAAAGUCGUCGAGGUCGCUGGAACAAGAAGGUACAGUACACAGGCGAAGAUGGUGGACACGGGCACAGGCACGCUUUAUAUUAUCGGCUCGUUCAAGAGGAUGACGACCGAUCCUGAUUUCAAGCUGUACCUGACGUCGAACGUCUCGUCGAGCGACUUCAAUAUGGGCUACAGCAUGACGGGCACGCUGGAGCGCGGCUGCAAGAAGACCAACUCCUUCCAGAUGACCCACUUCGCGGUGAUACGGCGGCGGGACUACGAGAAGGCAUACGAGGACCCGAAUCCCACCUAGUGUCCGUCCACACCCACGCUCUCAGAGUGUGGGGACUGCGAGCAUUACACGUAGGGGCAAGAGGGACGCACUUUCGCGCACUGCGGCCUUGCGUACUCCACGUGCGUACGCCGCGCGCGCGCGCGCGCGCGCGCGCGGAAGUGCAUCCGCGCGGCGUUCCAGGUCGCUCGGGAAGGAGCGGCUCUUCGUCGGAGCAUUUCGAUCGCGAGCUUCCGGAAACCCCGAGACUCCCGGCCCGCGCGCGGCCGAGGGCUUCCCAGAUCGGCGCGACCUGGUCGGGAGCGUUCGCGAUCGAGAAGCGGCCGGGGACACCUGUGUAAUGUUAGGCCGCCAACUCGCCGGUUGAAUCACCGACAAUAUUGCCAGGAAGGAAAGUAAAGGAAACGAGGGAGGAUGCGCGCAGAGAGAGAGAGAGAGGGAGAGAGGGAGUGAAAAGCAGCGGUAGAGUUGUUGCGAGAGAGAGAAAAGAGAGACGCAGAGAUAGGCAAAGGCAGGUGAAGAUGGGUGAAGAGAGAAAGGCGACGGGGAUGAGACGGGGGUCGUUAAGGAAACACCGCAAUUGGAGCGUUGUGUACUCUUCGCUUGCAGAAGUUCACAAGGACGAGAGAUAAUCAAGAUAGAGUGCGAAGGAGAAGGAGUCUUAAUUUACGCAGAAUCAACAUCAGUCCGCGGCUACGAGAGAUCACAGGGACGCUGGGUGGAUGAGAGAUGUGCGGGUCAAGACAGGAAGUGGAUUAUGGGAAGAGGUGGAUGUUGAGCCUUAAUUCGCCGACGGGAUAAAUAUUUCCUCCCCGAUUAUAAUAUUAUUUUCAAGCCGCUGGCCUGCAUCGCGCCUGCACACGUGCGACGCACAUAACUCGAGUAAUUUUGCCUUUCGCGAAGAGGCCGAAAAUUGGCGGGCUGACGGAUUCACACAUGGUGUCCCCGGUAGCUCGAGAUCUGCCGAAGCGAAGUGUAUUCCCAGGUGAAAGCGCUAUUCCCGAAAGCUCGCGGACGGGAGGACCGGACGGCCGCCGACUCGACGAUCGGAAGGACUCGGAUCGGAAGGUAAGAAGGAAGCCGCAGGAUCGUCGGCGAUCGGACGAGGAACGAACGUGUGACAUAUACCAAAGCCGAGUGGCGGCCCCUCGCAGCACGCGCGACAGCCAAACGUCCAAAGAUAGUUCGUAAUUUAGAUCGAAUUAAUUAGCUCUUAAUAAAAGCGCUAACGAGCGACGCAUAAAUAAGCGGCGGUAUAAUACAGAGAGAGAGAGAGAGAGAGAGAGAGAGAGAGAGAGAGAGAGGGGGGAAGGCGAGAGACGUGUUGACUGAGAGGCGGCAAACUGUUUACCAAAGUACUAGCACGUAAGUCUGCAAGUUCGCCGGCGAUAACCCAAUGUCGCAGCGCACCUCCCCAGUCCCUCAAAAGGUACACUGCUUCUCA